AUGAAGCCGGGCAAGUCAAAGUCGGACCUCUGUGGAGCAGGUGAGGCGGGACCAGGUGGGAUGGCAGAACGCUCCCUGGCUCCAGCCUAUCUCACGGGCCGGCCUGGCCGGCUCCAACGCCACCUCCUGAGCGGCGAGUUCGACCAGCUGCGGGACUUCCCCAUCUUUGAGAGUAACUUCGUGCAGGUGACCCGGUUAGGAGAAGUCGCCAACAAGGUCACCAUGGGAGUGGCAGCCUCCAGUCCAGCCCUGGAACUCCCAGACCUAUUGCUGCUAGCGGGCCCCGCCAAGGAGAAUGGACGCCUACAGCUCUUUGGGCUGUUCCCCUUGCAGUUCGUCCAGCUCUUCGUCCACGACGAGUGCCGCCGGCAGCUCAAGGUCAAGUUCCGCACUGGCCGUGCCUUCUACCUGCAGCUGCGGGCCCCGCACGAGACCCGCGACCGGGAGUUCGGCCAGUGGGUGCGGCUGCUCUACCGCCUUCGCUUCCAUUCGGCACAGGGAGCCGUGCCCUUCACGCAGGAGGACUCAGCGCUCGAGGAUGGGGGGGAGGAGGAGGAAGAGGAGGACGAUGAGGCCGCUGUGGCCCUAGAGGAGGGGGAUGAGACUCCAGCUAUGGAAGCCAGGCUUGACCCACAGAUUUCAGAACUCUGGGGACUCUGACUCUUCCAACAUCUUUUGAGAUCACCAAAGGACCAGAGAUUAAAAACGCCCUCCCACAGGGCCAGACAGAUAAAUUAUUAAAGUUAAUAAAGA